AUGUUGGACUUGGAGUUUGCACCACCAAGCCCGCGUGCGGGUCAGCACAUCAGGCAAAGAUGGGGGCUGGCACGACGGUUCCCGUGGCGAUACGCAACUGUACAGGACAAUGACACGAUCCUAGUCGGGACGGAAAAUGGUUGGCGGCCAGCAAAGAUUGUGGGCACAUCCCCUGUGAAUGACACUGUUGAUCUGGCAUUCAGUGGAGAAGGUGAAGAACUGCGGUCCGUGCGGCCUCGUUUCAAGCUAAUAGAAGAUCAUUCUGCGACGCGAUUCGAGCAAGGUGUCUACAGCGAGUUGGUAGAUGGCGAUCGAAUCAAAGUGGAGACCUCGCGGGGGUGGGAGAUAGCUUCUGUCAUCAAGUAUCACCAGGAUGACAAUUCCCUGGACAUAGAGAUGUUCCCAGAUGGGGAGAGAUUUCUGCACUGCAAGCCUUCCGUAGUGAAGCCGCACACAGCACCAAAUGAAACUGCCCUGGCUCUCUGGGCGGAUAACCAACGCUUGCGAAGACGAAUAGCCAUCUUGUCCAGCCUCAAAGCCGUCUUCACGUCGACAGCAAUGGCAAAAAUCUCUUGGUACAUUGCGCGCCACCACAUCGAUGACUACGAAGCUUGA